AUGCCUGAGGUGGUUGAAGCUAAUGUUAGAGUUGUUUAUCGAGAUCCCAAGAAGCUACUGGAAUUUAUUCCAUCUGUCAAGCGUCUCCACCUAUGUUUAUCCGCUUCAAUGCUUGAGCACCGCAUUGGAUUUUAUCACCUUGUUCAUUUGGAGCUAUGUGUAUAUGCCAUAGGGUGGGAUAUACUUACUUGGAUGCUUGAAAGUUCUCCUAAACUACAAGUUCUCAACAUCUGCAAGUGUAAAGAAUACCUUUGUGCCAUACACGCCGAUAAAGGUCCCUGGAGAGGACCAAGUUCAGUUCCUGAGUGUUUGAUGUUUCAUCUACAUACUUUCAAGUGGAUAAAUUGCGAGUUAAAAGACGAAGAGAAGAAGAUAGUGGCGUACAUAUUGAAGAAUGCGAGACAGUUGAAGACUGCGUGUAUCUCUGCGUGCAGAAGGUAUACAAAGGAGGCAAAGCAAUCGCAGAAACUCAGUGAGUUGGUUUCUCUGCCUAGAGCUUCAAGCUCGUGUCAGCUUAUGUUGGGGAUUGAGAAAAGCUGGUAG